AUGUCAAUCCACCUCAUCUCGAAGGCGAACAUCGCCGAACACCUGACAAUCGACGUCCCCCCUUCAGACUCCCCCCUAAAACCCUCCUCCGUCCGCAUCCGCUCCUCCCUCCUGAGUCUCACAUCCAACAACCUCUCCUACGCCCUCCUAGGCACAUACAUGCACUGGUGGGACACCUGCCCCGUCCCAUUAACUCUCCCACCCCCCUACAAUAACCCCUCGGACUACGGCAUCGUGCCAGCAUGGGGCCUCGCGACCGUCCUCGACAGCACGAUUCCCUCCCUAACCCCCGGCACAAUCCUCUGGGGCUUCUGGCCAACAGGAUCCCACGCCUUUGAUCUAACACUAACACCCGCCGAACUCCCGGGCCACUACAAAGAGGUCUCGGCGCACCGAAAAGAUGUCCUCCCGCUCUACAACCGCUACCGCGUCUUCGACACCCAGGGAAACGACCUGAGCACCUUUGGCUGGGACGCAGCCGUAGGCACGAUUUUCGUUGCUGGAUACCUGUUGGCCGAGUACAUGUUCACCCCAGACCCAGCGUCUCACCCGGCAAUCCACCCAAGCGAGCCCGGAGCGCUGGAAUGGAAAGCUUCCGACGCAGACCUGUCGAAAAGCAUCUUCGUGAGCCUGGGCGCAUCCACGAAAACCGCGCGCUCGACGGCGUUUAAUUUCUUUGCGAGAUCGCCGGGGACGGAACCGCUCGGACUGCUGCAGUUCACGUCGUCGGUGGAUGCACUCUCUGAAGCGGCGGCGAAGGGCAGUCCCAAUUUCGCGGUUGGGACGUUGCCGUACUCGGAUGUUGAGCUGGCGGGGAAGUGGAUUGCGGGGCUUGAGCUUGAGACGAAGAUCGAAAGAGUUGUUGUCGCGGACUUUGGGAGCCGCGAUGGGGUUUUGGUGGGUGUUGUUGAGGAUAUUAGGGGCAAUGAGAGGCUAAAGGGGGUGGAGGUUGUUGUUCUUGCGGUUGGGGGGCAGCAGAAGGUCUACUCCUUCGACGAGAUCAUGGCCGAACAGGCGAUGCUCGCAUCCCUGAACAGAGUGCAGAUGAAUACGUCGCCCGCGUACGAAGAGGCGAUUAAGCUUGUUGGCGCAGAAGAAUUCUACCGCGGCGUCCAGGAGAGGUGGAAUAGCUGGCUGGAGAAUCGGGAGGCUGCUGCACCGGAUCUCCGUCUUGUUUGGGGCGGCGGUGUUGCUGGGGAGGAGGGGAUUGAGGGGUGCUGGGGGAAACUGUGCGGGAGUAAGGUUCGGCCUGAGGAGGCCCAUGUAUUUCGGAUCUAG